UUUUCUUCUUUCUCCCCUCCCCCGAACAAAACAGUUUAUCGCACGGUCGUCCUCGCCGCACAUAUAUCUUGUACCAUCGGCCGAUUAAUUUAACAGAAGCACCUUUUUCUUCCGCCCUUUCCUAGCCCCAACUGCCCCUCUCCCUUCUAGUCGAUAGAAGGAGGAAUAUACAUGACGCAGGCCUGGGUGGAGGAGUGAGGCGAUUUGUUCUAUUUCUUCAUGUAUAAAUAUUUUGUCGAUCACUGUUCCACGACUUGGCUGGCCUCCGCGUUCAUACAGAGCGCAUACCCUGACAGCUCCCUCACUCGUCGUGCUCGAAGUUGAAGCCACGAUCGUUCCUGUGACUCUUCUCGCUGUGACCUGACACGAACUAAAAUGCCGAAACAGACAACCCCCCGCGGAUCUAGACGAUCCAGGCCGUACCCUGACCCAAAAUCGAGAACAACGAUGUUGACAGCCACCAUGCGUCAAACACGAACACCUGCCGCCGCCGCAGGGGCAACCGCACGUCGCCCAACUCCACCAUGGGAGGAUAAAAGCUCCCCUCGUACCAUGCCACCACCGCGUAUUUCCACGUUAGAUCGUCGGACCAUUCCCGAACGGCCAGAGCGUGCCGUGCCUCCAUCUCCCGCCACACCCGCCACGCCUAGCAGUCAAUCGGGACAGUGGUCGCAGCAAGAUGAUGAGAUCCUCAUCUCUGCUCGUGCGCAAGGCUAUGGCUGGACCCGAAUUCAGGAAGAAAACUUCCCUUCCAAGAGCUCGAACGCGUGUCGGAAGAGGCAUGAACGGCUCGCCGCCAAACGCAAGGGCUCUGAGUGGGUAGAGGAGAGAGUCCAAAAGGUAACAAGACACUACAAUCAGCUGAGGCCUGAAAUAUGGCGCCCACUGGCAGCGGCCACGGGAGAAAAUUGGGAGGAUGUCGAAAAGCUUUGUUUGGAACGCGGCCAGAGGAAUCUUUUGCCUAUGACGACCCCAAGCUCCUUUAGGAGGGCAAGCUCUGAUAAUGAAAGUCGGGGGAGUCACGAUAGCCAUGAUGAAGAGAAGCUUAGAAUAAAGAGCCUCCUAGGAUGAGAGUUACGUCGGAUGGUGCAUUCCCAACGGUAUUAGGUUGGAUAACGCCGCAGGGCGGGUUUGUGGCGGUUGGUAAAUUUGUGGUUUGCGGGCCUUCGUGUUCAUGGCAAUUCUCCUUUCACACAUCUGAGUCAACUUGCAUCGGGUCUGCCAUUUGCCUUUAAACAGGUUCCUUUUCUUUGGGUUAUUAAUAUUUCGAGUCAUGAUGCAUACAUAUGUGGUAAUCUUUGAGCUGUUGCCCAAGAUUACAACAUAUGAAGAGGGUCAUUGGAAAGGAGUAUGUGAGAUUUUGUCAACGCAGUGAUGCCUUCCUCUUAAUAUCGUCCCGUUUCCUUUGUUGCAUGUUUAGACGACUUUCAUUGGUUUUGAUCCGCAUGUUUCCGUUUCCAGUUCUUUAAUGCGAUUUCUUUCCUCUUUAUUACCAGCUUUCCACUUGUUCUAGGUCCUUAAUGUAUGUUGUCGC